AUGAAGACUUUGUACCAACUCGCCUUUGAAGCAGUGCCCAAUAAGGGCUUGAUGGCGGAAACGUUCCUUGUACCAUGGCACCCGAUCGCGCAAGAAUUGCAGGAGCAGCAAUAUAUCCAAGACAGAAAUAGGUAUAGAGAAGAACAUCGAGUCAAUUUCAGGUUUGUCUACGCAGAUUUGUGUUUUAUCGAAACAUUGUUUUCAAGCUCAAAAAUAUACCCAAGCGAUGUUGCGUUUUUAAAUCGAUUGUGGAAACAAAUCGACAAUUUACUUUAGUUCAUGUUGCUUUUUAGACCGAUUCUGGAAUCCCUGUUUUGGAUUAGAGAUUGCACAUGGUUAAGUGUGAAGACCAAAUGUUGUAUGAUUGAACUGUAAAACGUGUUUUUAAACGCGCUUGUUGAUGUUUAUUUUAGAAAAUGUUUAACUCAGCUGAAACUUCAAAGAUGGAAUACGUAUUGUCAUAAAACCGAAUGGAUCGCAAUUAAGUACGCUAAGUACGGAGAAGACGGAAGAUGUCAACAUUGUAAAAGAAUUAGGACAACGGGUUUAACGUUAGAUGGAUUACGUUUGAAAAGGCAAAAACAAAAAGUUGACCGAAAUGAGGAAACACGUUUAAUACGUCUUUUUUACUAUACUCGUAGAUAAUUAUUCGAUUGAACGUGUUUUUAAACGCGCUUCUUGAUUGUUUUAUUUUUAGAAAUUGUUUGAAUCAGUUGAAACAGCGAAGAUGGAACAUGUAUUGUCAUAAAACAGAAUGGAUUCCCGUGAAUGCGAAGAUACCUAUGUGUUCCCAAUGUAAAAGAAUUAGGACAACCCAGUUAACAUUAGACGGUUUACGUUUAAAAAAGCAAAAGAAAUUUGUUGAUAAAAAUGAAGAGGCGCGUUUAAUUCGACGUUUUUACUAUACGCCAAUUCGUAGACGCUUAGAAUUUAUGUAAGUUUUUGUUUUUAUUCUCUUUAGAAAAUGUUUGCGACAAAUCAAGAAUCGCCAUUUCUGUAGAUCAGCCCAAUGGCUUUCUCUUAAUCAAGGAAACUGUUCACAGUGUCUGA